AUGGCGUUUAAACGCACUGGUAUAAUUACUGUGAAUAAAUGUGCUGGUACCUUCAGAGAGCAUUGCGGACAGAAUCCUAUAAUGAAAAAGUGUGCGAAAGACUCAUUUUAUGGGUUGACGAGAACUUUUGCUGCAUGGUACCAUGAUGCCUUCAGUUUAGCUGGAAACAUUCAGAGAAUAAACGUCAGACUCGGCAACCUUCAUGAUUCUGUUGUAACAUCCAUUAAUUUAAAUAGUGUAAAUUCUAGAUUAAAUCAAGUAGCCAGUUUUUCACUUGCUGGCAGGAAACAUAGAUGUACUAAUUCUACAUUAUUUUCUGGGUUGAAUGUCAGGAAGUUCUCAGAUGUUUCGCAUCCAGCAAAUGCAUUAAUUACGUCCAGGAAUGUUCCUACUCUCGUUCCUUGUGGGAAGAAAUCAGCUUUCUUGCUACAUGCUCUACGUGAGGUCAGUGUCAUUUGUUGUCGAAUGAAGCAUUCCCUGCCCAAGGUUCCGCCUACUCGCAUGAUGUCUGUGUAUGACAUUGAGAGAGCCAUCACAGAUGAAGAAGCAGCAAAAGAAUUUGUUUAUGCUUUAAAGGCCAGUGAACGAAAAUUUCUGUAUGAAGAGCUGGCUCGUUUCCAUGGAGACACUUCAAUUCUUAACAACAUAGCAGAUGAACCGCCCACACGCCAGCAGUUAAAAAUAGUUAUGCUAAUUCAGAUGUUUCCUUUCAUUGGAUUUGGAUUUCUGGACAACUUCCUUAUGAUUGUAGCGGGUGAAUACAUUGAUUUGACACUGGGAGCUGCCCUUGGAAUCAGCACUAUGGCAGCUGCAGCGAUUGGCAACUGGAUCUCAGACGUGUGUGGUUUAGGGUCAGCACAUUAUGUUGAAACUACAGUGUCCAGAUUUGGCCUGCGACAUCCUCAUCUCAGUCCAGAGCAGGUUGACAUGAAGAGCACAAAAUGGGCUUCCAAUUUAGGAAAAGUGAUUGGUGUAACAAUUGGCUGUUUUCUGGGCAUGAUUCCUUUGUUGUUCUUCCGUAACAAACCUAAUGGGAAAAAAGAAAACAGUGAAGUAGAAAGUAAAGAGCCCAGCAAACAACACACCACAUCAUAG